AUCUUUUGAGGGGAUUGUUUGAUGAUCAGUGGUCCAGAUUUAAAGCUGCUCCUUGUUGUGUCUUUCAGGCGUAAAUCAAGUGAAAGGUGAAGGAUUCCCUUUUUCCUUUGGGGGAAGACCUUUGUGAAGAGUGUGGGCACACCUCAAGUAGACUAAACUAAUCCGCUGUCUUGGAAAACUUCAGCAAACAAAGCAAUUGCGAGCUGAACACACCCAGUCUGUGCACGGGAACAACCAUUGCAUCAGGGUCAGGGUGUGAACUUACAACAUGCUCUGUCCCACUUUGACCUUUUGACUUAAUUAUGUUUAUAUAAACAGAUAAAAGUGGUUUUGUGUCAAAGAAAAGAAAAAAAUAACCCAGAAGAGAACACUCAUGUUUGUAUCUCCGGGUGACAUUUAAUCCCUCAAAAUCUGGAUGUUAAGUUUUUGUUUAAUGUUCUUGUUCGGGUAGAACAAACUUUUUCUUAUCGUUAUCCUCGUUUCUUUCUUUUUUUUUUUCAUCGGCAGCCUCUGUUUGUUGUCUUACGUAAAGUCGUGUCGCCGCUCGGCCAAUCUCGGAUGGUGUGUUUCCCAUCAAGGUCCGCCCCUUUACAGGAUGCACCAUAUAUGUUUCUGGCUCCUCCCCUCCUGCCUCGUCACGCGCUGGGAGCAAAUAAAAGCGAUCCGACGGCUGGAGCUGCCAGAUCAACUUCGAGUAGCAAAGUAGCAACUUCAACUCCCUCUCAAGGAACUUUCUCAAAGACAGAAAAGGAAUUUUACCCACUUCCGAGUGGAGUUUUACUGGAAUCUUGCUUCUUGUUUUUUCGGGGAAAUAUGAUGUUCACCGCCUUCAACACAGAGUGCGACUCUUCCUCCCGCUGCAGCACCGCGUCUCCGUCCGGAGACAACCUGGGAUACUACCCGUCACCUGCGGGAUCUUACUCCAGCAUGGGAUCUCCUCAGUCUCAGGAUUUCACUGACCUGACAGUAUCAAGUGCCUCCUUCAUCCCCACCGUCACAGCUAUUUCAACAAGUCCAGACCUGCAGUGGAUGGUCCAGCCUGUGGUCUCCUCAGUGGCCCCCUCCCACAGAGUUCACCCCUACAGCUCCAGCCCCGCUUACCCCCGAUCAUCCAUGAGGUCUCCGUCCAAGGCUUGCUCUUCCAAACGUGGCAAAAUAGAAAAGAUAAGCCCUGAGGAGGAGGAGAAGAGAAGAAUCCGCAGAGAGAGAAAUAAGCAGGCAGCAGCUAAAUGCCGCAACAGGAGGCGAGAGCUCACAGACACCCUUCAAGCUGAAACUGACCAGCUUGAAGAUGAGAAGUCCAGCCUGCAGAAUGAUAUUGCUAAUCUGCUGAAGGAGAAAGAACGGCUGGAGUUCAUCCUGGCUGCCCACCAGCCCAUCUGCAAAAUCCCAUCAGAGCUGGAGACCGAGUUUCCCCUGACCUCCAUCUCCUCCACCCUCCCAUGCCUCUCCACCACAGUGUCUUCCACAGCCACCUACACCUCCAGCCAGCAAACCCUGCCUCCAACUUCCAACUCUAUUUUCUCCAGCUCCAUCCUCUCCACCACCACCUCAACCACCACCACCGCCGCCUCUGACAGCACAGUCAAGAUGACAGACCUCGAGGCUUCCAUUCUGGAGGAGUCUUUGGACCUGCUGGAAAAAACGGACAUGAAGACGGCGCAGUCUGUGCCAGAGGUUGACCUUUCCAGCUCCCUUUACACUAACCAGGAAUGGGAGCCUCUUCAUGCCUCUUCAGCCAACGUUGACUUUGAGCCCCUGUGCACACCUGUGGUGACCUGCACCCCAGCCUGCACAACCAACACGUUCUCUCUGGUGUUCAACUUCCCAGAAGCUGAGACCUUCCCCACCUGUGGCGUUGCACACAGAAGAGGCAGCAACAGCAAUGACCAUUCCUCAGACUCUCUAAACUCACCCACCCUGCUCGCUCUUUAAGGACUUUUUCCUUUAAAUUAAUAUAUAUAUUCUUUUCCAUCAAGUCUUGAAAAUUUAGCAGAGGCAUGAGCUUUGGAACAGAUGGCAAAUCCUAUGUUACUUGCCUUUAUCUCUACUUGCCUAUUAACACCAAUGUAGCAAGUUAAUGAGCAUGAUUUAAACAAAAAACACAUAGUUGUUACUAUUAUAUUUAUGGUGCUAUAGAUGACAAUACUUGUUGUGUUUUCAGAGCAAUAGUUAUAUUUUUGGUUUGUUUUCUGGUUAUUUGAAUGUCAAAGUAACAGUUUUUUUCCAUUAAACUGCUGUGUUGCCAUGGUCUGCAAGCCUAUCAGACUGUGAAGUUUUCUGUGAAAACAUCAGUGCUUGUAAUUUAUUAAAUUUCUAUUUAUUUAUUUUUUACAGACGAAUGUUGUGUAAAUAAAAUAUAUAUAUGAAAUGAGAA